CACUGCGCGCCAGUCGCUUUUCAACGCCCCACUCGUCCAGUUCGUCCGUUUCUCAAGCCACCUGUUGACUCAGUUUCACCACUCUAGGAAAAAUGAGGGAAAUCGUACACAUCCAAACCGGCCAAUGCGGAAACCAGAUCGGAGCCAAGUUCUGGGAGAUUAUAUCUGAUGAACAUGGCAUUGACCCCACUGGAGCCUAUCAUGGCGAUUCUGACCUUCAAAUUGAAAGGAUCAACGUAUAUUACAACGAAGCUUCAGGGGGUAAAUAUGUGCCUCGUGCGAUCCUUGUCGAUCUUGAACCAGGGACGAUGGAUUCUGUACGAUCUGGCCCGUUCGGGCAAAUCUUCAGGCCUGACAAUUUUGUUUUCGGCCAGUCUGGAGCGGGAAACAACUGGGCCAAAGGGCAUUAUACAGAGGGUGCAGAGCUUGUCGAUUCUGUACUGGAUGUGAUCAGGAAAGAGGCUGAAGGAUGCGACUGUCUUCAGGGCUUUCAGAUGACACAUUCAUUGGGAGGCGGAACCGGUUCUGGAAUGGGAACACUCCUUAUUUCCAAGAUCAGGGAAGAAUACCCCGAUAGGAUUAUGAACACUUAUUCUGUCGUUCCAUCGCCCAAAGUGUCUGAUACUGUUGUUGAACCGUACAACGCAACACUCUCUGUGCAUCAAUUAGUCGAGAAUACCGAUGAAACAUACUGUAUUGAUAAUGAAGCAUUGUAUGACAUUUGCUUCAGGACUUUGAAACUGUCCACUCCAACUUACGGAGAUUUGAACCAUCUUGUCUCCCUGACGAUGUCAGGUGUCACUACGUGUUUAAGAUUUCCCGGUCAGCUUAAUGCCGAUCUUCGUAAACUCGCCGUGAAUAUGGUUCCUUUCCCGCGUCUCCACUUUUUUAUCACUGGUUUCGCACCGUUGACGUCCAGAGGUUCACAACAAUACAGGGCUUUAACAGUUCCCGAACUCACUCAGCAGAUGUUCGAUGCCAAAAACAUGAUGGCUGCCUGCGACCCACGACACGGACGUUACUUGACUGUUGCUGCUAUCUUUAGGGGUCGCAUGUCAAUGAAAGAAGUCGAUGAACAAAUGUUGAAUAUUCAGAAUAAGAACUCGUCAUACUUUGUUGAAUGGAUUCCGAACAAUGUGAAGACCGCGGUCUGCGACAUUCCACCUAGGGGCCUUAAAAUGUCUGCCACUUUCAUCGGAAAUUCAACUGCUAUUCAGGAAAUAUUCAAAAGAAUAUCUGAACAGUUCACAGCUAUGUUCAGAAGAAAGGCUUUCUUGCAUUGGUACACGGGAGAAGGAAUGGAUGAAAUGGAGUUCACAGAAGCCGAAUCAAACAUGAAUGACCUUGUGUCUGAAUAUCAGCAGUAUCAAGAGGCUACUGCAGACGACGAAGCUGAAUUUGAUGAAGAGCAAGAACAGGAAAUGGAUUAAACUCACAA